AUGGUCUCCUCCCUGACUCUCCUCGCCCUCGCCUCCGGCGCCCUGGCCCUCAAGGUCACCUCGCCCGACUCCAACACCAUCUGGAGCACCGGCGAGAAGCAGACCAUCAAGUGGGAAACCGUCUCCAGCGAUGAGUCCUCCUUCAACAUCUACCUGUCCAACAAGGCCACCUACCCGCCCACCGACGUCCUGAUCGCCUCCGACGUCGCCUCCAGCGACGGCUCCUACGACAUCGACGGCAGCAAGAUCACCGAGGGAGACAGCUACACCAUCAACUUCACCAACGGCACCAAGACCGAGCAGAUCUACGCCCAGUCGAACCAGUUCAACAUCACCGAGGGCACUGACUCUGGUUCGUCCUCCUCCUCUUCCGCGUCCGCGACGGCGUCUGGCUCGUCGACCGCCUCCGCGUCGAGCACUGGGGCUGACUCUACGGGCACAGCUUCGUCCACCGCCGGCAGCGGCAGCGCGAGCGCCACGGCCUCGGCCACUGGCAGCUCCGCCUCGGCGUCCGCCACCGCCACCGGCACCUCCUCCGAGAGCUCCAGCGCCAGCGGGACCGCCUCUGGCACCAGCGCCUCGAGCAGCUCCACCUCCACGACCGCCGCGUCCUCGGGCGCCGGCAAGGUCGUCGCCAGCUGGGUCGGCAUGGCCGCCCUCGCCGCCCUAGCUCUGUAA